CAGAAAUCGGUGAUGAAACCUGCUAUCAAUCCCGAUCCAAUCUCAGUUGUUGACUUUAAUCCAAGCCGUUAAUAUUCUGUGAAUUAAUUUUUUUGUAAAUAAACAAAUUUUAUAUUAUAUGGUGAAGGAUGGUUUUGUACAAGUAUAUUGUAGUUUCUGUGACACUAGUGAUAUUUUUUAAUUAUUCUUUAGCGCAAGAAGGAAGAUCCUGUGAUACGCCCGACAAUACAGCCGGUACAUGUAAAAACAUAAAAAGCUGUCAAAUAUUGCUUAACUUGCUGUUAAAUCAAAGUAAUAACCCAGAUGUGAGAAGUUACUUGAGAAGAUCGACAUGCGGUUUUCAAGGAAACAUACCUAUGGUUUGUUGUCCUCAGCAAGCCCAAAGAACGACAAAUAAUGAUUUAGAUGAUAACGAAAAUACCAAUACCAACACAAAUACCAAUACCAACACAAAUCAAAACAGCAAUAUUUUGAGACCCCCAAAUUGUGGAUUCAGCAAUGUUCCUUUCCCUAAAGUCGUUGGAGGCAUACCAGCUAUAUUAGGUGAAUUUCCAUGGAUAGUAGCGCUAGGUUACAGGAACCAAAACAACCCGAAUAUGCCGAAAUGGCUUUGCGGGGGUACGCUUAUAACGAACCAACACAUUUUAACGGCUGGUCAUUGCGUUCACAACAGAAAAGAUUUGUAUAUGGCCCGUGUUGGAGAUUUGGAUUUGUACUCGGAGACUGACGGGGCAAGCCCGGAAAAUAUUGCAUUGGUUAGAGCCAAAAUACACGAAAAUUAUAGCCCGGUUACAUUCACAAACGAUAUUGCUAUUUUGAAGCUGGCCAGACCUGUAAAUAAUCCCACUGUCACACCAAUUUGCUUGCCUGUGGAUGAACCGCAAAGAUCAAAUACGUUUUUGAAAUAUGAUGGAUAUGUUGCUGGGUGGGGGGCAAUUUAUUUUAGGGGUCCGUCCAGCUCGGUGUUGCAACUCGCCGCUCUUCCCAUCAUCGACAAUAACAAGUGCAAAACGGCGUACGAGAACAAAUCGAUAAUAGACGACAGAAUAAUUUGCGCUGGAUAUGCAACGGGCGGCAAAGACGCCUGCCAGGGCGAUUCAGGCGGCCCCUUAAUGUACGGCAAAAGUCAAUCGGACCACAACGAUUUUUAUCAAAUCGGCGUCGUGUCGUACGGAUUCAAGUGCGCCGAGGCCGGAUAUCCGGGGGUUUACACCAGAGUUACCAACUUUAUCGAUUGGAUUGGAAGGAAUUUGGAUUAAUAAAGUUUUUGUUAUUACCAUCGAGGCUUUUUCUUGUUUGUGACAACAUUUUAUUCUUUUACAGGUUUUAGGAUUUUUUUAACUUUUAAAACAGGCAAUUAUCGAAAAAAACAAGUUUAGUUAUUCUUCAGUAAUUUUUAUAUAAUUUUAUAAAACCAAGAAGACUAAACUUUUGCUAGGUUCGAUAUAUAGAAGGUUUUGCAGAAAAACAAUAUAUAAGUAAAAU